AGUGCAUAAAUAAUAAGAAAACCAAAAUAAAAACAACAGACAACAGCGCCCCUGCCCUUCAAACAGCUCUACAAUAAUAUUAAUCCAAUACAACUUUAAAAGUCAAGCAAGGAGCUUUUAUUUUGCCAAAUCGCAAAAGGGUGCUAACCGUUAUGUGGAGUCCAACACAUUGCAGUGUAACUGUUCAGCGUGCGCGAGGUCUGCUGACCAAAGGCAAGAAUGGCACCAACAAUUGCUUUGUCACAAUUGCCCUGGGUAAGGAGAAGUACCAGACGUCCGUCAAGGAGAAGGCCGAGUCGAGUGUCAACUGGAAUGAGGAGUGCGAACUCAAAAUUCCGGAUCAGGGCAAUCGGGCGGAGCUGACGCUGACAUGCCUGCAUCGCAAUAAUCUGGGCAUCGAUGAGUUCUUGGGCCAGGCGACGCUGCCGCUCAAGGACAUGGACGUCUAUGAUAGGCCGCGCGCCAAGUGGUGCAAGCUGGAGAGCAAGCCCGGCAAGGAGAAGAAGAACAAGGAGCGCGGCGAGCUGGAGGUGCGCAUUGCGUUCGUUGUCAAAUCCGGAUCGCUGACAGAUCUGAGCAAGAAGGACAAGCACAAGUCUUCCAUUGGCCAGCUGGCCAGCUCCGUGGGCGGCAGCCUGCUCUCCAUUGGCCAAGGCGAGAAGCGCAAGAGCAUCAAGAAGCUAGCUGGCUCUCUCAGCUCCAAGCUGCACAUACGCAGCAAGAAGAAGCAAGCGGACGGCGAUGACAGCGGCUCGUUCAGCGGCUCCUUUGCCAGCAUUGGGACGCCAAACAGCUCGUCGGGUCUGAGCGGCGUUGGCGGUGGCAGCGGACGGAGGCGUGGCCAGCGCGCCGGCGAGGCCGAUCCAGGCGUCAUUAGCGAGGACGAGGACGAGUUUGUGUUCGACAAUCUGUCACACAAGAGCUCGGGCAGCUCGCUGAACAUCCAGCGCUCCGGCCUGCAGCCGCCCUCGUCCAAUGGCAAUAACAAUUUCACGCCGCGCAACCCAUCGCCGCUGCUGAGCAACGGAGGCAGCAUUGCCAAGGGGAAACUCAACGGAGGUAAGCCCAAAUUGCAAGAGACAGUCGAUGAGGAUCCCAUCGUUGCGGAGAUGGAACAGCUUGAGCUCGAUUUCAGCGUUCGUGCGCGCACUCUGCCGCCUCCCUCAAAGCCGCCACGCACGCAGCAGACACAGCAGGAGCUGGAGCUGUCGGAGCGGGAGCAGAAGGAGCUGAAGCCCGAGGGCAGUGCCCAAAUGCCAGCGGAGCUGGCGCCAGCACAGUCAACGGCACCCAGCAGCCAGGUGGAUGAGUGGGAGUCCAAGUUGUAUGGUGGCGGAAAGUAUUUGGAGAUCGGCAGCAGUGACUCCUUGAAGCGUCGCAGCUGGGAGACACGCGUGCCGCUGCCGGCAACCAGCGAGGAGCCGCCACCGGUUCCCUCCUCAAGCAGCUCGUCGAGCUCAUCGGAUGACGAAGAAGAUUUUGAGACGGUGGAGGAGGAGCCGCCAAAGGCAGUGGUGCCGCCCCGCCUAUCGGCCGAGAGCAGCAGCAAGAGCGAGAGCAGCUCGCUCUUCGCACCGAACGUGGAGCCACGCAACUUUGAUGCGCUCAAUGCCAGCUUCGCCAAGUUCGAGCAGCGCAACAGCACAGCCAUCUUUGCGGAUGAGCAGCUGCCUCCCGAGCCGCCGACUAGGCCACCUCCGGCAGAGCCGCAACCGCUGCCAAGUGAGCGCCCCAAGCCGCAGCCGCGUGCAACAAAUCUCGAGCAGCUAAAGGCGGAGACGGCGGCGCUGGCAAUGGCCGAGGCUGCCGCCGAGGAGGAAGCCUCGCGCCAGCGACGCGCCGCCGAGGACGAGCGUCUUGAGGCCGAGCUGCGCUUGAACGAGCAGCGGCUGCGCGAAGAGGAGGCGGCGCUGCAGCAAGAGCUGGAACUGCAGCAGGAGGAGCAGCGACGACGUGAGGCCAAACGGCGUGAGGAGGAUCAAAGACUCUUGAGCUUUGCCAAGCGAUCCACCUCCAUGGAGGAGCAGCCAUCAAAGCCCCUAUCGCCGAGGCAGGCAUUUGGCCAAAAGGAGCAGGAGAAGGAGCAGGAAACCACGGCCGUUGCUGCGCCCGUUUUUGUUGCCGUUGCGGCGGCUAUGGCCGAUGUUGAUCCAAGCAUAGAGCACAAUUUGUUAACGCCCGAGCAAUCGCCCAAGGAGUUCAACAACAUUGGCGGAGGAAGCGGCGGAGGCGCCGGCAGCGGCAGCGGCGAACGCUGGGAGAAGCGACUGGGCAAAUUUAAAUACGGCAAUAAGCGAGACAAACAAAACGAUACGGAUAGCAAUUCGCCCAGUCCCAAGUCCACGGAGCGCAUUAUCAUUGGCCACGAGAAGUCGGGCUCGCAUGCGGAUCGCCGUUCCGAGAUCUCGGCACAGUUGGCCAAAAAGUACGAGGGCAAAUCACGGGAGGAGCUGAUGCUCAUUGCCAAUGGCAUGGAGAAUGAGGCAUUGCUGCAGCGGCAGCGCGUCAAGGAGCUGGAGGAUUAUUUGGAUAAUUUACUGUUGCGCGUCAUGGAGACGCACCCGAAGAUCUUGCAGAAUCCCUACUCGCGAACCACAUCGGCCAAAAGUUAUAAAAAUUACAUCAAUAUGAAUGACUUUUUAAAGUAAGUGCUGCGAACUUUCGGCAUGCAGUUGCACGCACACCUAACAAAUGCAAGCCAAGCAAGCAA